AUGAGUACCAAAAUUGCGCUGUCCUUUCUGCUGCUCAUAUGUGUAGCUUCUGUUGCCUGCUUCAACAAGGAAAGGCUUCACUUCCGGGGAACAAACGACCUUCGUGAUGAUGCUGAGGACACCGAUUCUACUCGACAAAGAAGCACUGGUAAAGAUGUAGUGGAAAGGGAAGGAAGGGUUGGACAGGAGAGGAGAGGCGAUGAUACAAGUGAUACCAACGACGAGGAGCGCAGGAAGAGAAAGGAAGACACCGAUGAUACCGACGAUGAUGAGGGUAGGAAGACCGAAAAAGACACCGAUGAUACCGACGGCGAUGACCGAAGGAAGAGAAAAGAGGACACCGAUGAUACCGACGAUGAUGAGGGUAGGAAGACCGAAAAAGACACCGAUGAUACCGACGGCGAUGAGCGUAGGAAGCGAGAAAAAGACACCGAUGAUACCGACGACAAUGAUCUUAGGAAGAGAGAAAAAGAUAUCGAUGAAAGUGAUGACACCGACGACAAUGAUGAUACUGACGAUGAUGAGCGCAGAAAGAGAGAAAAAGACACCGAUGAUAAUGAUGAUACUGACGACGAUGAGCGUGGGAAAAGAGAAGAAGACAACGAUGAUACCGACGACGAUGAGCGCAGAAAGAGAGAAAAAGACACCGAUGAUAAUGAUGAUACUGACGACGAUGAGCGUGGGAAGAGAGAAGAAGACACCAAUGCUAUACGUGCGUGA